AUGUGCGAAUUACAAGGAGCGAAUUUCUUCGAUUUACUAGAUGACAAAUCAGCAGAAAACUUUUGUGGAACCAUAUCCACCGAGGUGUUACAUUCGGUACCAAAUGGUACCACUAUACACAGUACUAUCAUUCAGGAAACUGUCACAACGAAGAAAUUGCGUCGACAAUUAUUAGUCAUUGGUUACGUAAAAAAAACAACGCAUAAUAACGAUAAUUUAUGCAUAUCGGAUAAAGUUGAAGAAAGUGAAAUCAAUAAGAGCAAAAAAAAGAUUGUUGCAAUCACUGAAGUGAAUGAAUCUCUCCGGUUUGUUGGUGUCAUUAUACCGUUAUCAAAUCGGCCAGAAUCAGAAGUAACACUGGAAAUGAUCAAUUCAUGGGAACGAAGAAAUGCCAAUUUUACUAUACUUUAUAAUACCGAAUUUGUUUGUGUUGAUGCUAAAGGAUGUCAAUUAUUAGGUUAUAGUCGAUUUGAUUUACUUGGCACAAGUGGUUAUGAUUAUAUUCACACCAAUGAUUUAUUACAAGUAGCUGAAAAUCAUACACAAUUAAUGGAACUUGGCACUUAUCAGAUAAGAUCACAUCGAUUACGAACAAAAUCACAUCAAUGGAUUUGGGUUAAUUGUAUGGCAGUAAUCGAAAAUGAAAUAUCAUUUAAACGAGUACGAUGUAAUUAUCGUGUAAUAAGUAUGGAAAAUGUGAAAAAAUUCAAAGAAAAUGUUACAUCUACGAAGAGAAAAUCCACCGAAUUUUUGCUAUCAUUUUCAACAGCAAAAAGUAAUUCAAACAAUUCAAAAAAUUCUCAUUGCACUACAAAUGCUAACAUCUAUCCAUUAUCAGUUUCUUCACUAUCAUCAUCGACUGGAAAUGCUUCCAAAUCAUUUUGCACUACAGGUCAUUCCUCAUCGGAACAAGCUAACAAUUCCUUAUCAGCAACUGCUCCCGAGAAACAUACUAGUAGCAGUUGUACUGCUAAAAUAGUUAUCGCACCGUUACCGCUAAAAAAAAUUCGAAAAGGAGAAUCAAGUGAACUAUCAGAUAAUAAUCCGUCAACUUCAUUCAAAUAUUCGUCGUCGCUUUGUCAACCAUCAUCCACUGUGCUUUCCUCAUUAUCAGCAGAGAUGUUACAAUCAAAACGACGUAAUCAAAUUCCUGUCGCUGUCAUUGAACAUUAUCCUUUAUCAGAUUCAAAACUGAAAACCACUGAAGCAACAUUAGCAGCAUCAAAUAGCAAUGAAUCACGCAUAAACGUUUCAAAUUUGACGUCAUCCUCUACAUCAAUGGUAACACCGGCAGCUUUGUCAAUAUCACCAAUGUAUCAACAAGUCUGGGAAGAGUUGCAACGUCGAAGCGAAAUAUUACGUCAACAAGUGCUUCAAAAAGAAAUGGAACUUCGUGAAUUACAUCUUAAAAGAUUUCUUGCAUCAUUACAUGGUGACAAAUAUUAA